AUGCCUUCUUGUGAGAUGAUGUUGCAUUUGUUCUUCGAUAACAACGUGAUUAUUGAUUUAUUGAAUAAUAAAUAUGUGAUAGCUAAGCUGAACAAAAAGUUUGCUCUCAAAGAUAUGGGAGACCUACACUACUUCCUUGGAAUUCAAGUAACCAGAACUUGUGAUGGUGGUCUAGUGCUCACUCAGCAGAAAUAUGUUGGGGAAGUAUCAAAGAAAGCUGGUAUGGUUGGCUGUGCCUCCUGCCACACACCUCUGCCAUCCACUGUGAAGAUCUCAGCUCUUGGUGGGUCUAGCUUCUAUGAUCCAAAGCUAUACAGAUCGAUCAUUGGCAGCCUGCAGUAUCUCACAAUAACAAGGCCUGAAAUCUGCUACAGUGUUAACAAGCUGUCUCAAUUUGUUCAAGCUCCUUUGGACUGUCAUUGGAGAAUGGUUAAACGGGUACUAAGAUACUUGAGUGGCACAGCUAGCUACGGCUUACAUAUAAAACAGGAUUCCUCUAUGGGCGUAACUGCUUAUAGUGACUCAGACUGGGCUGGGGAUCCAGAUGAUAGGAAGUCCACCAGUGGUUAUUGUGUCUUUCUUGGCUCAAAUUUGAUCUCUUGGGCAUCAAAGAAGCAGUCGGCAGUAGCUAGAUCAAGUACUGAGGCUGAAUAUCGAAGUAUGGCAGAUGCAGUAGCAGAGUUAAUUUGGGUAAAAACCAUGAUGAGUGAAUUGCUGUAUCCAUCACCCGAAGCACCAAUGUUGUAUUGUGACAAUCUUAGCGCAGUUUUGCUUGCUGCCAAUCCUAUCCUCCACUCCAAGUCCAAGCACUUCGAGAUUGAUCUGCACUUUGUUAGGGAUCAUGUCAACAAUAAAGAGAUUCAAGUCAGCCAUAUUCCAGGAUCAGUGCAGCUAGCUGACAUUCUUACAAAGGCAAUACCCUCAGAGAGCUUUCUCCAUUUUCGUGCCAAGCUCAGUGUUCAUGAUCAGCAACUUAUUGCUGGAAGUCAGAAUUGUUCAUCCUCAACAGAGUAG